CACACACAUACAUCCACACACAGACACAUACACACCUUAUCAGACAGUUUCAAUUCGUCAGCAUGAGACCGAGGGUUGCGCGCGGGCAGGAGAGAGGGUGGUUCGGUUGUGGUAGGGCGUAAGGGGUUACCCUGGUUCUCCCUUGCCCGCCUCUAUCUUCUCGGGUCUGCCCCCGCUGCCGCCUCGGUUCCAACUGUUGCAGCACACCCUCUCUCUCUGCUGGCGAACGUUACUUCAGUUAAAUAUCGUACACACGUAGCUUCAAGGAAGGCGACGACACGCGCUCACACACCAACCACGGCUUCAUACGGCGGUUGUCAAGCACGGAGCAAGCAAUGCCACGCUCCUUUCUGUUCACCAAUAAGCGAUACUUCGCUGCUGCUUUGCCAGUGAGCAGCCCAACCAACUAUGCUUACACUACAUACAUACAAAGCCACGACAGCGAGGGCGAGCACGAGUAUGAACUCACGAAAAGCUCUUCAGAUGAAACGGACAGCGACAGCGGAUGCUCAAUUCCUACUACAGACAGCAGGAGUGAACUCACACUCUCCGACAACGAAUACAGUUCUUUGGAAUGCAAAGAGCACACAUCAUUCCUAUUUGACUUGAUGGGUCACAGCCCUCAAUCAAAACCUUCGUGUGACAGCAACGAUUGGUCUGAGCGUUACUUCCAAACGCUUCAGCCCGCUGUAGCAGAAUAUUCCAUAAACCGAACAGAAUUGGAGACAGAACCAAGAUCGCCUCCAAUCGCAACAUUUGAAAUCGAUACGACACGGAUUAGCUCCCUAAACGAUACCCAUAUUUGCAUCGAUUGUGGUAAGCGUUAUAGCACUUCGAGUAACUUGGCACGCCAUCGCCAAACGCACAGGAGCGUCAGUGACAAGAAAGCACGGAAAUGUCCUCACUGUGAAAAAGUAUACGUCUCCAUGCCAGCAUACAGUAUGCAUGUACGUACUCAUACGCAGGGUUGCGCAUGCCCGUACUGUGGGAAGCGGUUCAGCCGACCGUGGUUGUUACAAGGACAUAUACGAACACACACCGGAGAAAAACCGUUUUCCUGUCCCAAGUGCGGCAAAGCGUUUGCCGAUAAGUCCAACUUGAGAGCACACAUCCAGACACAUUCGACGGAGAAGCCAUACGUUUGUGGUCGAUGUGGCAAAGCGUUUGCCCUCAAAAGUUAUUUAUACAAACAUGAAGAAUCUUCGUGUAUGCGAGGACAGAGGUAUCGACAUUGAUUUCAACAUCAAGUAUAAAAUAAAUAAAACAAAACAAAACAAAAAAUAUUUAAAAACAACAACAAAGAACUGUAAUAACAACAACAGCAGGAACAACAUCAGCAUCGUCAUCAACAACAACAGCAACAGUAAUAAUUUAUAAAGAAAAAUAACAAGUCCGAAGUUGUAUCGUGUCCAGGAAAAAGAGAAGAAAAUGAAAGAUGUUUCUGUCGAAGUCACACACACACACACACACACGCACACACACACACACUAGUAUUUCUGCCAUUAAACGAUAAUUUCGUAUAUAAUAAUAGAAUUUAUUUUGCAGAAUAGAAACUUCACUAACAUGAACAUCAGCAAUAAAACGCAACAACAACAACAGCAACAAAAUGUCCGUCCAUAACUGUGCCAAAUCUUCCUUUAAAAGUUUUUACAGCGGGAACAUUCUAGACUCUUGGCCAAUCUCCAUUACAGAAACUACUGUUAUAGUAGUAGUAGUAGUUGCUGUUGUUGUUGUUGUUAUCAUUAUUAUCAUUUUCAUUAUGAUUAUUAUUAUUAUUAUUACUCUUAUCAUUGUCUUUUCUUUACCAUCCAUAUUAUUAUUAUUAUCAUUAUUAUUAUUAUUAUUAUCAUUAUUAUUAAGGUAUUGCUUUUGUUCUUUACCUUUUAAGCAACAUCAGCAACAACAUAAAGAACAAUAGCAACAAGAAUAACAUCAAUAACAAUCCUUAUUCUUAUUUUUAUUCAACAUAAGCAACAACAACAACAACAACAACAUCAGUAACAUGACAAAACAGACCAACGAGAACACUCCAAAUACAGCCAAGUUAUCGAGGAAACAAGGAGGAAAAAGGAAUUUCCAUCUUUGCCAAAAGGAGGAAUUCCGUUCCACCAGACCACUCGCACCAUUCACAUGCGAAAUUCCGUCCACCCAUAUAUUAACUGUCAAAUUCCGUCCAUCAAGCUGCUAACAGUCAAAUGUUGUCCAUCCAACAAUUAACUGUCAAGUUCCGUCCACCCAUAUAUUAACUGUCAAAUUGCGUCCAUCGAUAUAAUGAACUGUCUAAUUCCGUCCAUCAAUCUGCUAAGAGCCAGAUUCUGUCCAUCGAACGAUUAACUGUCAAAUUUUGUCCAUCCAUAUAUUAAACCGUCAAAUUCUUUUAAUCCACAGAGCAACUUUUAAAUUAUGUCCACCCAACAUGCCUUCAAUGUAAAAUUUUGUCUGUCUAUUUAUACAUCUAUCUACAGCCAAAUUUUGCUAAAUCAUCCAUGUAUGAACUCUUAAAUUCCGUCCAUCCUUAAUAUUAACUGUCAAAUUCCAUCCAUACAUUUUACUGUCAAAUUCCACCCGUUCAUGAAUUUCACUGUCAAAUUCUGUCCAUUCAUAAUUUUUACUGUCAAAUUCCGUCCAUCCAUAUAUUUUGCUGUCAAAUUCCACCCAUUCAUACACAACUGUUGAAUUCCAAGUGUCCAUAUGUUAAUUAUCAAAUGUCGUCCAACUAUGAAAGGUUCUAUCUAUUUAUCCAUCCAUAUGCUUGAUUUUGUUUUAAUUUAUCUAAUUGUUUUUCUUUUAGUUUAUCCAUCUGUCCUUUUCUCUCACACUUUCACUUAAAUUCUUUCUAUUCGUCUUCUUUUGUGUC